CAGACUAGGAAUAGAACACUGACUUCAGGGAGAUCGCUUAUAUGCUUGGCAUCUUGGACCUUCGCCAAGGGACCUUCAUGCUCACUACACCUCUCAUAUGAAGCCUCAUGUCAACGCUUCAUACACAGUCAUCACCCUCUUUUAGAUCACCACAUCUCUCGAUGUUAAACCCAUGCUUAUAUGUAUGAAAUAUCGUCUGAAUCGAGACUGCCAGUGGCCCCCCCACUUCCGAUCCACUCGCGAGGCGCUGUUCGCAGUAUUGCGGUGGCUUCAUCGGUUGCAUGUUCGUCCGUCAAGUUUGAACUGGAUAAUACCAGGGAUCCUUUAAAUGCAGCCAAGUCUUCCACUUCCAAUCAUCGUCACUGGCGUGGGGUUACAACGCUGGGGCUGAAAACCUCGAUUAAUCUUGUCCGGUCUCCGAUGUUUGACAAGGGCUUUUCUCGUGGCAUUUCUGUACUGUUUGGUCAUAGAAGCAGCCCAUUGAUUGUAAUCGGCCGGCCUCAUCCCACCCUGCGAUUUUGCUCUAUACAACAUGUUACAGGGGCAUUCCAGGCACAAUGCUACAGAAUACUCAGCUUUUGCAAGGUUGGUCUGCUAGUACAAUCGAUAGCCUCUUCUGUACUGCUUGAGUGUUCCAGUUGCCCAAUAUAGAGUCAGCGUCAUUCUGAGCGACCUACUUCCCUCUACCCAGUGGUUUGGGUCCACGGAUUCCAACUUGGAUACACCCAACCUUAGACACUGUUAUCUAUGCUAUAACUCUACUACGUAUCGGCUUUUAGGCUGAUAAUUACACGAUCAUGGAGACUGAUAGCAACAGAACGAGCAACAAGACCUUCCACACAUCCUUCACCGAAAUACGCAGCCCAACAGGAAAGUUAAUGAAGAGGAGUCGAACUGCCAGCCAAGGCGGUUUUGAUA